UUUGAAGGUAGACGAUCUCCCGGAGUAUAUCAGGGAGUUCAACCGCAAGCCCGAGAGCCAGUGCAAACUUCACAUAUGGACGCCCACCCGUUCCCAAAUCGGCCAAAUCGGCAAUCCUGUCAUCGUCCGAUUCACGAUACGCGAUGUCUUGACAGCGUACGUUACUGCAAGCCAUGAUCCCGAUACGCGCGUCCUGGUGGUCGAGACCAUGACUGCCUUUGGUCCUCGGGAGAAGAAAUCGCCACACACUCGGUCAGACUAUGUAAUCUACGAGAAGCUCUCGCAACAGGUGGCGAAAAUGCUGCAGUCGCACCCAACGGUGUGCUUCCAGACCGUGAUGGGCCUGCUAUCUUCUUACGAGGGCCUCUUUACGCAACGCUGCGCGACUUGUCAGCGUGUCCUCUCCGCCGAAGGACAUGUGCCCCCGGUCGCGCGGCUC